AUUAAAUAACCUGAUAGUCAUAAAAAAAGACAAAAUCAGGAAAAAAAAAAAUUUUAAAAAGAGGACAGGUAGUACAAAUUGCUUUGCACCAUUUGAAGAGUCUGCAGACCACUGUCCUUCCUCUUUACCACUACUAAUAUCACAGUGCAAAAUAAAAGGUAUACUAUACACACAGAGAAAAGAUUAAUAGGGAAAAUGACAGCUUAGGUUGCUUGUGAUGGUUAAGUAUGUUUGAAUUUUGAGAAUUUUGUCCACGCUGUUCUUAGUUUUUUUCAAGAACAAGGGUUGUGAAAAUGAAGAAGGAACUUUGGUUUCCAAGCAGCGACAUGCUACAUGAAGUACUACCGAAAUUGUCUACUAAGGACUUGUUGAAAGUGAAAUGCGUGUCAAAGGGAUGGCAAGGUCUUAUAUCGGACCGCAGUUUCAUCAAAGUUCAGUUGAAAAAGAUGGAACCUCUCACAGGUUUCUUCUACCAGGGUAGGUACCAGUGGUGUGAUGAAGAUUAUGACUGUGUUGGCUUCAUACCUAUAGAACGAGUUACCACUGAAGUCCAUAUUAAUGUUCUUGAUUUUCUCCCGGAAAGUAUUGUCAUCCUAGAUUCAAGUCAUGGGCUUAUCUGUUGUCGAAGUAGCUUUCCUUGUCAUGUUCCUGCAAUCUACAUCUGCAAUCCUGUGAAUAAGGAGUGGAGAAAACUUCAGUGGCCAAAUCCUUCCAGAGAAAGCUGCAUAACCUUGGUGUUUGAUCCAUUCAAGAACCCGAUUGAUUCAUUCACAAAUUUUAAGGUUGUGAUAGCUAGCCAAAAUGAAACUAGCACAGAAGGAGAUGGAUAUUUCUCUUUUGACAUUUAUUCAUCAGCAACAGGAGAAUGGAGAAGUUCUGGAGAAAUUUGUCUUUGCAAUCACAAUGUGCUGAAAAAGGGAUGUGUCUGUGUACAGGGGAUUCUAUAUUGGCUUACUGAUGGGGACCAAAUCCUUAUGUUCGAUCCACAAAAUGAGAUAUCUUGGUUGAUAAUGGUACCACUCCCCACCAGCCAGUUCAAUUUAACACCUGAGAUGUGCAUGGGAGAAGCUGAAGGGAAGCUAACUUAUGUGUUGAUUUCUGAGCAUGGACUUCAGUUGUGGGUGCUAAAGGAUCACUUUACUUCUCAGUGGGAUCUGACUUUUACAAUCUCUUUGGAAUUGCUGGAAAAAGAAAACUAUCUGUUAAAGGUAGCUGAAAACUUGGCUAGUAACUGUAAUUCCGGUAUUCCUUGGAUCGGGACUCUGGCUUUCAAGGAUAACACCUUGCUUAUGAGGGUUGCAGCUGAUAUCUACGUGUAUCAGUUUGAGACAAGGAAGAUGAGACAUCUCUGCAGCCUUUCUGCUCUUGCGCCAAAGCCUUUUUUUUCUGCUACUGUGGUUCCUUAUACUAUGAGCUUAGUUCCACUUUCUUAGGCAUAAAAAAAAGUCACUUUUUUCUCCUUUUAGUCGUUGGUUUAGCAAUGUACGUAGUCCAUGAUCGAUAGAUUAACUGUUCUUUCUGAGUAUGCUUAGGAUAUACAUCAGUUUUCGUUCCAUCCUUGGGGAAAGCAUGUCUAGAAAGGCUUAACUACAUAGUUUUUGUAUGGAAGUUCAUAUGCUGCUGCGACAGAUAUCAAACCGGAAAAGUUACAAUUACUUUAUCUUAGGUUACUAUUAUGAGCACUGAUAUCAAGUUACAAUGUAUAUUCUAGCAGCCCUUGCUGAAGGUAGAGCUGAAAGGUAUGACAGAUUCUGAGUUAUCAUGAACCAAAUUAAAUUAACCUUGUUUUGGCUUUUCCUUAUUUAAGAUUCUCUUUUGGUUUCUUAAUUUGCCUUUCUUUUCUUUAAUCUAUAGCUUAGUAUGCUGUGAAAAGAUGUGCAUUUCUAUUUUUUUCAAUACUAUGGUCAAGCCUCUCUCUUUUAAAAGAGUUUUGGGAGUCAAAUUUUUAGUUGGUUUUAUAUGAGGCAUAUAUUAGCUACAUAUAUUUCUUGUUUUUCUGUGGAUUGAUUCUUUCAAAUAAUUGCAUUGACAAGCCCUUAUUUAAUACUCAUAAAAUGUGCCACCGGGCUGCGUACAAUAGACCUUGUGAUCCGGUCCUUCCCCGGACUCGCGCAUAGCGUGAGCUUUGGCGCAUGGGCCUACCCUUUGCCUAAAAAUGUGCCACCAACAAUUUUUUUUACACUAGUCUUGAAGAACCUAUAUGAAUACAAAAUAUCCAUAUGCUUCCUUCUAAACUCAAAAAGCUCACAACUUUACAUGAAAUACUAACUGGUAUUCACAAUAUAUCAUCUUUCUCUAAAUUUACAACAAAGAAAAACUAUAGAACAUGUGUCGUAUGGGACAAGAACCAAGAAGAGGAGGAGGAGAGCAAAUAUUCAAAUAUACUGCGCGAAUGUGUGGCGACAUCAAGAUUAGAUAAUGCCAGCGCCAUUCACGCGAAAAUGCUGAAAAACCCAGGCAGCAUGUCUUCGCUAUACUUACACAAUCAUCUUCUAAAUGCUUAUGUGAAAUGUGGUGAUACCGCAAAUGGACUCAAAUUGUUUGAUGAAAUGACUGAGAAAAAUGUGGUGUCUUGGACUGCCCUCAUUGCUGGCUUUGUGCAAAAAGGCUUCCCUAUUGAAGCUUUCUCUUUGUUUACCCGUAUGCACCGGAGUGGGGCGAAGCCUAACGAGUUCACUUUUGUUAGUGCCCUCCACGCUUGCUCUUUUGUGGAUAGAUUAAGUUUGACUAAUGCAUACCAAGUAUAUGGACUAAUCACAAGACUUGGGUUCGAGUCUAAUGUUUAUCUGGUGAAUGCUUUUCUAACGACUUUGAUAAGGCACGGUAGAUUAGAUGAAGCAUUAAUGGUUUUUCAGCGGUGUUCCAAUAAAGAUAUUGUUACUUGGAAUGCGAUGCUAGGUGGUUGCAUGCAAUUUUGUUGCUCAGAGGUACCGAGACUCUGGUACAGGAUGAUCCGUGAAGGAGUUGUACCAGAUAACUUCAGUUUUGCUAGUGUUCUUACGGGGUUAGCAGAGGUUUUCGUUCUUGAUUUGGGAUUGCAAGUACAUGCCCAGCUUGUUAAGUCUGGUCACGGAAGUGAGAUGUGUGUAGGGAACUCUUUGGUGGAUAUGUAUUUGAAAAACCGAAGCUUGGUUGAGGGGUUUAAAGCAUUCGAGGAGAUCUGUUUUAAAGACGUUUGCUCCUGGACGCAAAUGGCAGCAGGUUGUUUGAAUUGUGACGAGCCAAUUGAAGCGCUCAGGGUCAUUGGAGAAAUGAGGAGGGCAGGAGUAAUGCCUAAUAAGUUUACUCUAGCAACUGCUUUUAGUGUCUGUGCUAAUACAGCCUCUUUCAAAGAAGGGGAGAAAGUCCAUGGCUUGAGGAUCAAACUUGGGGAUGACAUUGAUGUCUGCGUGGAUAAUGCAUUGCUCGACAUGUACGCUAAAUGUGGUUGCAUGGAUGGGGCAUUCAUGGUUUUUCAGUCGAUGAGUGAACAUACUACUGUUUCAUGGACCACAAUGAUUAUGGGCUAUGCGCAGAACGGACAUCCCAGGAGAGCUCUUGAAAUCUUCCAUCAGAUGAGGGAGGAAGGGGGAGAGCCUAACUACAUUACCUUCAUAUGUGUGCUUUAUGCUUGCAGCCAAGGAGGACUUAUCGACGAAGGAUGGAAGUAUUUCACUUCAAUGAGUGAUGACUAUGGUAUUCUCCCCGGAGAAGAUCACUACGCUUGUAUGGUGAAUCUCCUUGGACGUGGUGGACGCAUUAGAGAAGCCAAGGAAUUAAUCUUGAGCAUGCCCUUUCAACCAGGUUUGCUGGUUUGGCAAACGUUGCUUGGGGCAUCCCGGCUUCAUGGGGAUAUGGAAACUGCAAAGCGAGCAGCAGAACGCGCAUUACAAGUUGACAAAGUUGAUCCUUCAAUCUAUGUGUUACUGUCCAAUACAUUUGCUGGUUUGCAAAACUGGGAUGGUGUUGGAACUGUGAGGGAAAUGAUGCAUAGCAGGGAUGUCAAGAAAGUUCCUGGCUCCAGUUGGUUUUAAAUGUCAACAAAGAAUCCUAUGGUGUAACUUGGAUUCUUCUAGCUUGAAUAUUGAUGAACCAGUAGCAAAAAUACGAAGGGAGUCUUGGAGUAAGUGGUAAAGUUGCUGUCAUGUGAUCAAGAGGUUACGGGUUCAAGCCUUGGAAACAACCUCGGGCAGAAAUGCAAGGCAAGACUGCGUACGAUACACAUUCUUGUAGUGGGGCCCUUCCCCGAACACCGCGCAUAGAGAUAGCUUUAGUGCACUGGACUGCCCUUUGUUUCAAUAGCAAAAAUAUCCAUUUUAUGUCGAGCAAUAUAUGAAAUUACUCCUUAAAGAACGGUAAAAA